AACGUUUUUUAUGCAUCGCUAACCCUUCGUAAGGGCUUGAACCCAUCGCAACUUCGCAAACCCAUCGCCCAUGGGCGAUGGGUUGCUUUUCGAUUUCACGAAACUCUUGCGACGGGUUCAUCCAUCGUUAACCCAUCGCGGCUCGGCAGAUGCCCAAAGGGUGAUCGCAGGGCUGCGAUGGGUUCAAAAACGUAACUUCCUGUCCCAAGGUCAUGUUUUGGCGCGAACACUUUGCCGAUACUUAUUUCUUGACAUUCGACCGUGUAGACAUUCUGCUCUCUAAAAUUUCAGAUUUUUCAAUAGUUUUUAUAAGUUUAUCUCAUCAUGGCUCUUCUUCUGUACGUUAAUAACGCUCGAGCGCUCAAUCGAGAGCGUGUCUUCAGGGAUAGGACCAAUCCCUUGGAUGUAUUAAACGAUAGGAAGAUGCAUAAGUACUACCGUUUCACUCGGCAAGGAGUGAUGAGGAUCAUCGACCUAAUUCAGGACCGCAUAGCCCCUUUGACAGAGAGGAGUCAUUCCAUAGACUCAAGGUUGCAGGUGUUUGUUGCUCUGAACUUUUAUGCAACAUCCGACUUUUACUCCAGUGUCCAGAAGGAGCAUGGUGUUUCUUCAGCUAGCGUUUGCAGAAUAGUCGCUAGAGUUUCCGAAGCUCUGGCAAACUUGAAAGAUGAAGUAAUAACAUGGCGGCCAGUGGUUGAAAAGCAGAGGGAGUUUAUGGAGACGAGUGGAUUCCCCAUGGUCGUCGGGGCAGUGGACUGUACUCAUAUUUGGCUUGAUGGCAGCCCUUUGGGGGACACUGAAUACGCAUUCAUCAACAGGAAGGGAUGGCACAGUAUCAAUGUUCAGUACAUAAGUGAUGCCAAGUACAACAUAAUCAAUGUAAGUGCACGGUGGCCAGGAUCUGUGCAUGACAGCAGAGUCUUCGAGAAUUCAGCGGUAGGACAAUCGUUCCAGCGUGGUGAAUUGGAAGGUGUCAUUCUUGGUGACUCUGGUUACCCGCAAAGAUCAUGGUUAAUGACCCCAUUUCGUAAUCCUCAAACACCUGCAGAACGCGCUUACAACAGGUCUCACAUGAGAGGACGAGUGGUGGUGGAGCAAACUAACGGUCAGAUAAAGAAGAAGUUCCCUUGCUUAAGGAGAGGUCUGAGAGUGGAACCAAAGAAAGCCUGCACAAUCAUCGUUGCUUGCACAGUCCUGUUCCGUCUCUCAAAAGAGUGGAAAGAGCCAUACCUUGGAAGGGAUCAUGAAGUACCACAAGUAGGUGCAGAUGACUUUGAUGGUCCUGUCAGCAAUGAGGGAUAUGCUGCACGUGCCCAACUGGUGGCCAGAUGUUUCACUUGAAAUGGAUAACAUUAAUGACGUUGAUUUCCCAUGGAAAGGAACUUUUUAAUCCAUAUAAAUUUUCUUAAUGAAUAAUGUUAACAUAAAUUCUAAAUGAUGGCAAUUGAUUUUAUAUGUUAUGUUUGAAGGGUUUUUCAGGCUGAAAAUAUUAUCAUCUGAACAGAUGAAAUAAUAUAAUAUAAAAAAACACUUAAAUUUCCAUCAGAGUCUACAGGAAUUAAUAAAGUCAUGAAAUUUUAAUGUUUUGCAUUAUUCGGUGAAAGAAUACUAGGCAUGUCUUCAGGAGUAUGCGAUAAACAAUCUUAUGAUGUCACAUUCUUUCAUUCUUUUGUAUUUUAUUACAUGAAAUAUUUUUUUUUUUCAAAUUUUGUCCACCAAGAAUGAAAUAAUUGGAUCGGCAACUGAUUUAAUGGAUAAAAUAUUCAUUACUUCAAUUUCAGUUAAAAGGGAGACAUAUCUGCAAGAAAAUAAUUUUAAUUUCAAUGAUAACAUAAUGGAAAGUGAAGAGGUAAUAUGACGUCAUCAUCAAUGAAUAUUCACGACGGAGUACAUAUAACCAUGAUGACUGUUUUCUCAAAAUAUUGCUAAACUUUAAAAUUCAAUAACUUCUUUGUUUGGUUCUGAAAUAUGAUGAUAAUUUUUGCGUUUGGCUCUAUGAAUUAUA